GGUCAGUGUUCGGUUGAGAACGUCACGUGACUUGGUUACUCGGCGAUGGCUGCCCUGAAGGAGAGCGCAGAGUUAGCAGGUGGGCAGGAUUGUAUUUUGGAGCCAUUGUGCUUUCCUGAGCAGCUGAGUGAUAGCGUUAGCCUAGCCUCCUCUGAUGAUUGCUGUCUGGUGAGCUGUGUGUUUUGCUCACACUUGGCUCCUCUCUCUGAUAAGGACCAGCUCCUCAAGCACCUGGUGCUGGACCACAAACUGGUCAUCGCUGACAUCAAACUCAUCGCUGAUUUCCCAAAGUACAUGCUUUAUUGGAAAAAAAGGUUUACAGAGCAACCCAUCACAGACUUCUGCAGUGUCAUCAAGACCAACUCUGAGGGACCCGCUGAGCUGCAGGAGAACUACUUCCUCCUGUGUGACGUUCUGCCUGAGGACCGCAUCCUUCGAGAACAGCUACAGCAGAAACGACUGGAGGAGGUUCUUGAACAGCAGCAGAAGGAAAGAAAUGACACUAGUUUCCAACGUACCUGCAUGUUCUGUAAUGAGGACUUUACCGGAAACAGGUCAGUGCUGCUCAACCACAUGGCCAGAGAGCACUCUUUCAGCAUCGGCCUGCCUGACAACAUUGUCUACUGCACAGAGUUCCUCGAUGCGCUGGAGAGGAAGCUGGACAACAUGCAGUGUUUCUACUGUGAGAAGAUAUUUCGAGACAAGACAACCUUGAAAGAUCACAUGCGGAAAAAGCAACACAGAAGGAUAAACGCCAACAACCAUGACUAUGAUCGCUUCUAUGUCAUCAAUUACUUGGAGCUGGGAAAGACCUGGGAGGAAGUGCUAUCUGAGGAUGACCGAGAGCUGCUCAAGGAUGAUGAUGACAGUGAUUGGUCAGACUGGCAGGCUCACCCAGUGUGUGCUGUGUGUUUGUUCUGCGAGCAGCAAGAGGAAAAUAUGGAGAAGAUCUGCACACACAUGCAGGAGGCUCACAAGUUUGAUCUCCACAAAUUAAAAACAGAGCUCAAUCUAAAGUUUUACCAGCAAGUCAAACUAGUGAACUACAUCCGGCGUGAGCUCCAUCAGUGCCGUUGCUACGGAUGCCAGAAGAAGUUGGAAACCAAAGAGGAAGUUGUUCAGCACAUGAUGGAGGCAGGUCAUGUGAUGCAGAUUCCAGAGAUAUCACACUGGGACCAACCACAGUACUAUUUCCCUACAUAUGAGAACGAUGCCCUCCUAACAGCCCUGUCGGACAGUGAGAGUGAGUCUGAAGGAGCUGACCACAGCUCUGAUGUCCCAGUGUUUCCUGAGGACAUCUCUAACCUGAAAGCCAUAAAGCAGAACAGUGUGCUGAACAAGCUCCUCAAGGACCGAGGCAGCUCCAGCUGAAGCCACCGAGCCACGUUCACACAGACUUUUCAGAGUGGAAAGCUGCAGGUCGUUCAUUUGCAAUGGAAAGUGCUCUUUCUGAUGCAUAUUGGAGCCUGUUGCACAACUGCACUAUGAUUCAUUUAUACAGAGCCUCUAUUGAUGUUGCUGUAAACUGAAAGUAAGGGAGUGUUAUUUAUGCUAAUGUUAGCUGGUAUCUUGCUUGCUAAGUGGCACUUUUGGCAAGCAGGUGCAAAAAGCUACAUUAACAAAACAUCAGACUUGAUGACAAAAACUGCUGCACAAGAACUGUUGUGCUUUCUGAAGACCGCCUACGUCCAUGUUCCAAAAGGAUUUGCUAACUUUUGAUGCGAUUCAGAUUAAAAAAACUCAAAAUAAUAGAAAUUUUUCUGUAUUGAUUGACAUUUAAUACAAAAUAUUAUGUUAAUUUUUCCUCAAUUUUCACCUCCUUCUGAAUUACGCAUGGCACCAUGACUGACCUGCCUGUUUGGAUCUCCAAGCUCUCUCAGUAUAUUUAUGAUAAAAUGUAAUCAUUGAAUUUAAUUGGGAGUGUAAUUAAAACUUCUCACAGAUAUUUUAAUUAUGUUAUCAAAUUGAUCUUACUUUAAAUAUUAUUAUUGUUUUGGAUGCACAACUUUUGAGAGAAAUAGGUAAAUAUAACUGAAAUACACAGCCAUCCCUGUAAUAUAUGAAUUUCCUUUCUUCAAAUUAUAGUUGAAGGGGAAUUCUACCGAUAUUUUCUGCAUAAUUAAAUUGUACAAAUAUAAACAAAGUCAGUCAGAAUUGUUCACAGUGGUGAUGAUAGGAACCAGAUGUCUAAAGAAUGCCUCUAAAAGCUCCCUUACAGAAAGUUGUUACAUGCAAUGGUAGUGGAUAUGCUGCCUUAUCCCUAAACAUUGAGUGUGUUUACAUGCGCACGAUCAUGUAAACAGUAUACUCCAGUUUCUUAGACCGGAGUAAGGCCUAGAAAUCCGAUUAAGAAAUCUGAUAAAGAGAGCUGGAUUUUAUCUUAGGAAUCAAAUUUCUUAGUGCAAAAAAAAAAAAAAGCCACAGCAUGAAGUUUGAGUUGUAUGUUACGUUUAUGCCACGUCUUUGCCUGACUCAUGUAGACCCGGAGUUUCCACAUCAUCUGAUUACUCAAGUGCAUGUAAGCGCAUUGAUUGGAUUACUGACAAAAUCAGAUUUUCUGCAGUUAUUAGAUUAUUAAGUGUAUGUAAACACACUCAUUGUUUCACAUGUCUAAACUUUGUUUUUAAAGGUUUUGGCCUAAACUUAUUUUGAAAAGCCAUUUAUGCUGGAGAGGUGCAUAUAGAGCAUUGUAAUGUCAAACAGUCCUCAUAUAAAACUAAUUAUUUGUAUAUACAACUGUGUUACCAUAAUUGGUAUUACAUAUUAAAAGUCCGAUUCACUCAUCAUUUUGGAUAGUAAAUAAAAUGGCUACAUUUGCA